AUGCCAAAAAAUAAAGGGAAAGGAGGUAAAAACCGGCGCAGGGGUAAGAAUGAGAACGAAUCAGAAAAAAGAGAGCUGGUGUUUAAAGAGGAUGGACAAGAGUAUGCUCGGGUCAUCAAAAUGCUGGGAAAUGGACGGUUAGAAGCCAUGUGUUUUGAUGGCGUGAAGAGGUCAUGCCAUAUCAGAGGAAAAUUGAGGAAAAAGAUUUGGAUAAAUACCUCAGACAUUAUACUGGUUGGUCUACGAGACUAUCAGGACAGCAAAGCCGAUGUCAUUCUAAAGUACAAUGCAGAUGAGGCGAGAAGUCUGAAGGCAUAUGGGGAGCUUCCAGAACAUGCGAGAAUCAAUGAAACAGAGAGCUUUGGUCCUGGAGACGAUGAUGAAAUCCAGUUUGAUGAUACUGGAAACGAUGAUGAGGACAUCGGUGAUCUUUAA